ACUUACAGUUCCGAGACAGCGAGCGCGCAGGCGCGUUCCGGGGCCCGUCGGAGGAAGGGAAGGCCUGGCUGUCCAGCGAAAUCCUCCUGAACGCACGGACCUCGCGGACCCGACCGGAGCAGCUCUUCAGGCCCUGGCCUGGACCCUUCUCCCAGAGGCACAUGCCCAGGACCCAGCAAUGGCCAAUGGGACCCUGAUGGCCGAGGGCCAGGAAUCAGUGACUUUCAAGGAUGUGGCCGUGGACUUCACCCUGGAGGAGUGGGGCUGGCUGGAACCUGACCAGAGGGAGCUGUAUCGAGACGUGAUGCUAGAGAACUACCGGAACCUUCUCUCCCUGGGGGCAGGGCUGCCUGGGUCCAAACCCGACGUGAUCUCCCGUCUGGAGCGAGGGGAAGAGCCGAGGCCGGAGGAGAGAGAGGCCUGGCGAGUUACCUGUCCAGACUUGGAGACGAACUCUGUGACUAUUCUAGAGACACCUCGAAAAAAGAGCAUUUCUGAAGAUUCAGCUUCCCCAGUAGAGGGACCUUCAAGGGCUGUGCUUGCAGAUGCCCAGGCGGGGAAACCCUUGGCAUGUCACUAUCCACUGGAGGACCCAAGAAAGCAGGAGACGCAUCUGACGUGUUUAUUUGCUACUUCCAAGGGAGACACCUUGGGGGAGAGAGGCCUUGGAUGUAACGAGCUUGAGAGAAGCCUCUGGCAGCCCUCUGCCCUCAUCAGGAAGCAACGAGUGCCCCGUGGAGACAGGCCCCGGAAGUGGGGCAGGCCCUGGAAGAGCUUGAAAUGCCAAAGGACCUUCGUGGAGAAGAAACCAUUGAACUGCAUGGAAUGCGGGAAAGCCUUCAUUUACCAUUCGGACUAUAUUCUCCAUCAGCGAAUUCACACCGGGGAGAAGCCCUACAAGUGCCAUGACUGCGGGAAGGCGUUCAGCAACAGCUCGUAUUUCAUUCAGCACCACAUCAUCCACACAGGCGAGAAGCCCUACGCCUGCCACGCAUGUGGCAAGACCUUCACUCAGAGCUCUUCGCUCACCGAGCAUCAGAGGAUUCACACCGGAGAGAAGCCCUACAAAUGCAAGGACUGCGGGAAGGCCUUCACACAGAGCUCAUCCCUCAUCAAACACCAGCGGUGCCACACCGGCGAGAAGCCCUACAAAUGCGGCCAGUGUGGGAAGUUCUACUCGCAGGUCUCCCAUCUCACCCGCCACCAGAAAAUCCACACGGGGGAGAAGCCCUACGAAUGCGGAGAGUGCGGCAAGGCCUUCUGUCACACCUCCUCCCUCACCCAGCACCAGACCAUCCACACCGGGGAGAAACCCUACAAAUGUAACGAGUGUGGGAAAACGUUCAGCCACAGCUCGUCCCUGACUCAGCACCAGCGAGUCCACACUGGAGAAAAACCCUAUGAGUGCACUGAGUGUGGCAAAGCCUUCAGCCACAGCUCGUCCCUGGCUCAGCACCAGCGAAUUCACACCGGCGAGAAGCCCUAUGCGUGUCACGAGUGCGGGAAGGCUUACACGCAGAUUUCCCACCUCAUGAGGCACCAGAGCACUCAUGUGGGGGAAAAGCCCUACGUAUGCAAUGAAUGUGGGAAGGCUUUCAGCCACACCUCAUCCUUCACUCAGCACCAGACCAUCCACACCGGCGAGAAGCCCUACAAAUGUACCGAGUGUGGGAAAACCUUCAGCCAGAACUCCUCCCUCACACGCCACCAGAGGAUUCACACGGGGGAGAAACCCUACGAAUGUAAAGUGUGUGGGAAAGCCUACACCCAGAUCUCCCACCUCAUUCAACACCAGAGGAUUCACACCGGAGAGAGGCCCUACGAGUGCAGCGAAUGUGGGAAAACCUUCAGCCGGAGCACGCACCUCAUUGAGCACCAGAAGAUCCACACUGGCGAGAAGCCCUAUAAGUGUAAGGAGUGUGGGAAAACCUUCAGUCACAACUCCUCCCUCACUCAACAUCAGAGGAUUCACACCGGCGAGAAGCCCUACACCUGCAAGGAAUGCGGGAAGGCCUUCAACCAGAGCAUCCACUUAAUCCAACACCAAAGGAUUCACACUGGAGAGAAGCCUUACAAGUGUAGCGACUGUGGGAGAACCUACACCCAGAUCUCACACCUUCUCCAACAUCAGAAAGUCCACAAUGGCAGUAAAUGCUACGCAUGUGAGGAGUGUGGAGAGGGUUUCAGCUGGAGUUCACACCUGACUGAACACCGGAGGCUUCACACUGGCUAGGAUGCCUACCUCUGUGAUGAUUUUGAGAAAGCCUUUGCUUGGGGCACACAGCUUGCCGAUCAUCAGAGAACUCAUGCUGACGAGACAACCUGAGUGUGUAAUGAGUCGGCUGUCCUGCUGUUGGGUUCCAUCCCACUUUCAUCAACACUAGGAACCUUAAGAAAAAUGUUGCCUUCAGGAACAGAUGGAUCCAGGUGCAUAAACGGCCUUUUGGCAAUCUGCUCUUCAUCAACACUAGGAACUCCCCAGAGAAGGAUGCUGGCGCCAUAUGUUGAGAUGGUUUGUUCCUUUGUUCCCUAGAGGGAAGGUGGCACAGUUUUUCACUAACUGGGACAGGUUCUGAUCAUUCCAGGGGCUUCCCUUGCGUAUUUCCUCCAUGCUGCCAUGUCCCUAGGUCGUGGUAUAGUUAGGGGGUGGUCCAAAAGGGAUGCCAUUUCAUCUGGGACCUUCACCAACAACAGCUCUCUCCAAGCUUUUUUUUUUUUUUGAGACAGAGUCUCACUCUGUCACCCAGGCUGGAGUGCAGUGGUGCAUUCUCAGCUCACUGCAAGCUCCGCCUCCCGGGUUUACGCCAUUCUCCUGCCUCAGCCUCCCGAGUAGCUGGGACUACAGGUGCCCGCCACCACGCCCGGCUAAUUUUUUGUAUUUUUAGUAGAGACGGGGUUUCACCAUGUUAGCCAGGAUGGUCUCAAUCUCCUGACCUCGUGAUCCGCCCGUCUCGGCCUCCCAAAGUGCUGGGAUUACAGGUGUGAGCCACCACGCCCGGCUUUUGUUUUUUUUUUUUUUUUGAGAUGGAGUCUUGCUCUGUCACCCAGGCUGGAGUACAGUGGCGCGAUCUCAGCUCACUGCAAGCUCUACCUCCUGGGUUCACGCUAUUCUCCUGCCUCAGCCUCCAGCGUAGCUAGGACUACAGGUGCCCACCACCUCGCCCAGCUAAUUUUUUGUAUUUUUAGUAGAGACGAGGUUUCACCGUGUUAGCCAGGAUGGUCUCGAUCUCCUGACCUCAUGAUCCACCCACCUCGGCCUCUCAAAGUGCUGGGAUUACAUGCAUGAGCCACUGCGCCUGGCCUCUCCAAGCUUUUUAAACUGAUUCAUCCUUCCUUAAAUUGGAGCCUGAAUAUUCAGUGGGGGAAGACAGCUGUAAAGAUUAACCCUUUAAAGUAACAUUUUUAGUUUUCUUUAAAACUUUAAGGUACAAAUAUCAGAAUCUGCAGUUGGCUUAAACAAUAAAUGUUUCAUAUAAAUAUGGAUAUAAAUAUAAAUAUGUUUCACAUAUUUAUAGA